AUGACAUCCAGGACCUCCAUCACCAACCCCCACAAGAAAAUUAAGCGGAUCGAAGGCAUAUGGGGACACACGCCGCCCAAUUUCUGUUGUAGUGUGAUAGUCAUCGAAGAGGAGGACGUUCACACAGAUCAAGCCACUCUCUCUCCUGAAUACGAGUUAACUAAACAAGAGCAUUAUAUAACGAUACUCCACACACAGCAGGCUACUAUAUCAAAGUUAAUCAAGCAGCUCUUGAUAUUCGUGGACGGCAGCCUUUCUCUGGCUGACCUUCCCACUACCAUCCUUUCUGCUAAGGAGCUUAUUGCAGACUGCUUUGCUUCAGUGAAAUCUAAAGCUGCAACUGCAAAGCUUCCGCUGAGUUUUCCACACAAACUCAGCAAGAUCCAGCACUUCAAGAUUGGUGGGAUCAGACUCCCAUCGAUAAAAAGAAUCCUGCUCAAAGAACUCAGUUGCCUCCGCCUCCCAGUCGAUCAGAGACGGAAUGAGAGACUCGUCAGCAGAUUCAGGGAGGAAGGAGAGCGCAACAGAAGAGACCAGAGCCUCCCGUAUGCUCACGCUGCAAACGGCGGACAGCUCGAGCGGGACUGUGACUUUUGCAAGGCAAGAGGCCACACCCUGAACAGCUGCAGGUGGAAGGCUUCGGCAGAUAAGGCCGAAUUACUCGAAAGAGAGCUGAAAAACUUUAUGUUAGAAUAUCGAAGCUGUCAAACACAGAAAACAGCAGCUUACCUCAACUUCUACUUCCAUCUCCGCCCCUUCAGAAGCGUUAAUUCUUUCCACCCCCACACUGGACCACUCAUCAACUCUUUGUUCCUUCUUGGUUACAUCCCACCUUCAACAGCCACCAAGGGUCAGUAUACUAAAUGGCGUCACUGAUUACAACCCCUCAAAAUAAGCAGAGACAUCUCUCAGUUCUGUCUGCUAAUGUCAGAGGCCUCCGGACCAAUAUUGGUGAGUUGACUCACAUGGCCCUCAACAUCAGUGCCGAUAUAAUAGUGGCUACUGAAACUUUCCUUAAUGCAGAGGUAGAACCUGCUUUUGGUAAAAUACGAGGCUACCCACAGUGGCAAAGAAGAGACAGAACAGGAAAGAACUUCGGAGAUGUAGCUGUGUGCUAUAAAGAGAACCUGCAAAUUCAGCUGCUAACAGUUGACUUACCAGUACUGGCUGGAAGCCAUCUUUAUGAAGGUCAUGCUGAAGUCAAAUGAGUCCCUACUACUUUGCGCUUACUACAGGCCGCAGUGGCAAGGCAGGGCACCGAUGGAUUUCCGAACGGAAAAUUUAGACGUCCUUCAGGUUCGAACAACUGUCAGCACCUUUUAAUAAUUGGGGACCUUAAUCACCAUCUCAUUCAGUCAGCACAUGAGGACCUUCUUGCAGUCCAUGGGCUGACAGAUUACGUCGAUUUCCUGAUGCACAUCCUCGAUCAACUUUGCCUCGCCCCUGCAGCUGACGAAAGGAGACAGAAAAAUAUGGCUUUGGAACCAUGCAAGCUGGCCAAGUAUGAAGGCAGAACUUCAGUCGCAAGACUGGGAUGUUCUCCUGAUGGGGAAUGCAAACAACAAAGCAUCCUCCACCACCAACCUCCUCGCUUAAGUGCAAGAGAAAUACGUCCCUUCACGGACAUACAUCACAAAACCAGGGGACCAAGCUUGGUUUGGCUACAGGUGUCAUCAAGCGUCGAAAAAGAAAUACAGAU